ACGAGACAGAACGUGACCACCAACACCAACCCCCGUCGCCUCUCUCUCUUUUUCCACGCUCCACGCACGCCAAGAUACCCAAACACCAACCCCCCUCCCCCUCCAAAAUCGAUCCCCCUCGCCGUCCGGUCAUGGAAGCGGCCAUGCCUGCAACGCCAAUGCAACAGGAGGUGAUGGCGGCGACGGGGAUCAACUGGAUGACGGUCACGGAGGACGGGGUCGAGAUGUGGAUGGUCUUAGCUUGCGUACCACACGUAGUCCAGGACGGCUACUUCAAGCCGGGAUACGACAACAGGUUCAAGCUCCGCGUGGCCCCGGGCGCCACCCGCCUCGUCGUGCACCGGAGCAUCGCCCCGAGCCGCAAGACCAUCGGCGACCACCCAUACGUCGCCGACGGCGACUGCCACGGCCGCGUCCUCCUCUGCGCUACGCAGGGGCCCGAGCCGGAGCCGCCCGUCCUCGACGGCUUCUACUCUAGGCCGCUCGACGUGCACCACGGCCUGAGCAAGGCGUACUUCGUCUGCGAUACGCGCACGCACAGGUCCACCCGCCUCCCGGACUCCGGCCGCCCCAUCCUCCAUCCCGGCAACGCUUGCAUCGCCAGCACCUCGCGCGACGCCUACCUCGUCGCCGAUCUCCAUCCCACGGCCGGCGCAGACCACGCCAUGCUGCUCUUGUACUCCUCUGCAUCUGGAGCCUGGAGCAACCUCGAGCUCAACUACCCGCCGGGGGGCCGUCCGUGGGGCGGCCACGGCGUGGUCGUGUGGCCCAAGGAGAUCUGGUGGGUCGAUCUCUCGUACGGCUUCCUCGCCCUGGACCUCAACGUCGCACACCGGGAGCUGAGGUUCGUCCCGCUCCCGGACGGCCGCGAGCGGCCACCAGGCACGCCGGACCUCGACAAGACCCGGUGCGUGGGGAUGAACAUCGGCGAGCUGCGGUACGUGGAGAUCGACGAGCGCGACGGCGACCCGAUCGUCAGCAUGUGGACACUACUCGAUGAGGACACCGGGACGUGGAGCUUCGACUGCGAGGCGAGGUUCAAGGCGAUCUGGGACGACGAGGGCUACAAGGCGACCAAGCUGCCCCGGGAGGUCCCCACGGUGGCUCUCAUCCACCCGGAGCACCCCGGCGAGGUGGCCUACUUCUUCCUCCGCUCCCGGCUGUUCGGCGUGCAUCUGCGCAAGUGCAAGGUCCUGGAGUGGCGGUUCUUCGAGAUGAUGCACCCGCCGAUGGGUUACCACACGUCCCGAUUCGUGCGUCUCUGGAAGCACGUUCCGGCGUCCCGGUGAACCUAGCUUCUUGCGUAAUCGUACGCAAGCCAGGUUCUCCAAACGGCGGAGGCCUCCCAGGCCAUCGCCCAGCGGAGCACGGGUAUCGCAGUUUUGUGCCAUGAUAUUCGCGAUAACUGUGACGGAGAAGCCAUCGGUUUGAUGAUUCAUGAAUCUGAUUGAACGUUAUUUCUUUUUACUAUUAUGAUCGAGUUGUCUUAGAAGUUUUGAACAACGAGUAGCCAAAUUUGACGCAAAGCGAAUUAAAGUGCACAUGCCUAAA